ACCAAUGAGCGCCAAGAGCUGACACGACGUCACGGGUCCGAUUUUGUGCGCGAGACUGCUCACUUGGCGGUUUGAGUGCAAGAAAACAACUUGAGACUUGAGAGCACAACCACCAUUUGAGUUCUUCAAACACUGCUGGUGAUUUCAUACGGGCAACCUCUCAGCUGAAAUGGCAAACAUUACAGAUAUCCAAGUCAAGGAGCUGAACAAACGUGCGUCGGGUCACGCGUUUGAGCUCAUCCUGAGACCCACCUCUCCUGACGCAAAAGUGCCAUUUCCACAGUCCCCUGUCAAAAAGAAGGCAACAUCGCUGGAUGAGAUUAUGAAGAAGCUGGAGGCUGCUGAUGAGAGACGCAAGAACCAUGAGGCUGAAUUACUGAAAAACCUAGCGGAGAAACGAGAGCACGAGAAGGACGUGAUCCAGAGAGCCAUAGACGAAUGCUGCAACUUUACCAAGAAUACACAGGAGAAGCUUACUCAGAAAAUGCUGGCUGCAGAAGAGAGACACAAGAUCCAUGAAGCUGAAGUGCUGAAAAAUCUGAAGGAGAAAAGAGAGCGUGAUAAGGAAGUGCUCCAGAGGGCCAUUGACGAAGGCUGCAACUUCAGCAAGUCCACUCAGGAGAAGCUCACUCAGAAGCUGCUGGCUGCGGAAGAGCGAUACAAGAGCCAUGAGGCUGAAGUGCUGAAGCAGUUGGCUGAGAAACGAGAGCACGAGAGAGAAGUGCUCCAGAGGGUCUUUGACGAAUGUUGCAACUUCAUGAAGACCACUCAGGAGAAGCUUAAUCAGAAGAUGGAAGCAAAGAGAGACAACCGCGAAGCGCGAUUGGCUGCUCUCGAUAAGAAACUUAAGGAUAAGGAUAAGAAGAUUGAAGAAUUGAAGAAGACAAGGGCCUGAAGAUGGAAAGAGAAACAAUGUAUUCAUGCAGCUCCAAGAUAAUCGUUGCAUUACAUUUACUGUGCUAGUUCCAGCAUAAGAUUUAGUGCCUCUUUCUGAGAGAUUCCCGUUGGCAGCUGAUUACACUGUAGUGUUUGUGGUGGUAACUGUUUUUCUAUCGGAGGGCAUUCCAAUUGGUAUAAUGGUCCAAAUAGUCAGCACUUCUGACAUGUUUGUUUAAAGUUGCAGGUACUGUUCUUUUCCUGAUCCUUCUCUGCCUUUAGUGACCCUGUUUGUAUUCAUGCAGUAUGACAAGUAAACUUGAGGUGGAUAAAUGGAUAUUAUUGUGGCACAUUUAUUUGAGCUCCUGGCUAUUUUUCCUGUUGACACCUAGUGGCAGAAUCAAUCUGGCAAGGGUCUGGCUUUACUUCCCUUUUUACUCAUUCACUGCCAGUCUUCCCAGUUAACAUGGAUAUUUGACUUCUAAAGCUGUCAAUGGCAGUGAAUUUAAAGAAAAAUAAUGCAUUGGAUAUAUAUUUUUUUGUGACCCAUAUUUUCAGUACUUUUUUAUUUGGCAUUUACCAUGAUUAUAUGUUUACCUAAGACUAUGGCAAAUAUGUAUUACAUAAUAAAAUCAUGUUUGUUUA